UUUAUGGAUCUUCCCCAUCUUGUUGUAGGCUAAAAAUGGCUGGCAUUUAUGUCCCCCAGGCUGUAACCUGGAUGCGGGCAACCCUUCCAGCUCCCAACUGUCCUCCCGGAUUGGAAUAUUUAAGUCACUUGGAUCAAAUAGUCAUUCACCAGCAGAUUGAUCUUCUGGAAAUAAUAAUGGGCUUUGAGAAUUGCAACAAAUACGAAAUAAAAAAUGGCUGGGGGCAAAGGAUAUACUUGGCAGCUGAGGAAACGGGCUGCUGUGUGCGAAACUGCUGUGGAGUGGCAUGCCCAUUUACAGUAAAAAUCAUGGACCAUGCGGGCCUGGAAGUAAUUGAGCUCCAGCAACCUCUCCGGUGCUCCCACUGUUGGUAUCCUUGCUGCUUGCAAGAGCUUGAAGUCCAGGUCCCUCCAGGCACCCCUGUGGGGUAUAUUAGGCAGACGUGGCACCCCUUUCUGCCUACAUUUGCAAUCCAAAAUGCAGCGCAACAGGAUGUCCUUAAAAUCGUCGGGCCCUGUGUACUGUGCAGCUUGUGUCAAGAUAUGAACUUUGAAGUGAUGUCGUUGGACGAGGAGACCACGGUUGGAAGGAUUUCUAAGCACUGGACUGGCUUUCUGGAAGAGGCCUUCCCUGAUACUGACAACUUUGGAGUCCAGUUCUCAUUGGACCUUGAUGUUAGAAUGAAAGCUGUCCUGCUGGGGGCCUGCUUCUUGGUGGAUUUCAUGUUUUUUGAAUGUGCAGGAAGAGGGCAGCAGAAAAUUAUGGUCUGAGAAUAGAUCUGGAAGCUGCUUCGAAGAAAU